UUUGGUUACAGCGACACCAAUCAUCGUCAAAUUGCAGAGUCGCCAUUGAUCAUCUCUAUCUCUUUCUCUCUCUGAAACACACAGUAUAAGAUACAGAGAUAAAGGAUGGUAAGAGAAGUAUCGGAAAGCUGUAUGGAUAGCUUGUUAACGGAGAUUGUAUCGUCGUAUUGCAACCGAUUCUACGCCAAUAAGCCGGAGCUCGCUGCUCGGAGAAUCGAAGCGAUUGGUUACCAGGUCGGCCAUCAGCUCUCUGAAAGGUAUACAAUGGAGCGCCCAAGGUUUAGUGAUCACCUAGAAGCAAUCAAGUUUAUCUGCAAGGAUUUCUGGUCAGAGCUCUUCAAGAAGCAGAUAGACAAUUUAAAGACUAAUCAUAGAGGUACAUUUGUAUUGCAGGAUAAUAAAUUCCGGUGGCUUUCACGCAUGUCAGGAGAUCCAUCAAUGGAGAUCUCUGGUGCUUCUCAAGAUCCUUCUGCCAUAUCUGAAAACAAAGCAGCACAAGCAACAGGCAUGCAUCUUUACUUCCCUUGUGGAAUUAUAAGAGGAGCACUUUCAACUUUGGGAAUCCCUUGUGCUGUUUCAGCUGAUAUUUCAAACCUUCCUGCAUGUUCGUUUGUGGUGCGGAUAAAGGUGUAGGGAUGAGUAGAAGAGUUUAUAAAAAUAGGCCGAGAGGUACUCACUCGACUUUUUCCUGAUCUUCAAACCAAGCUCUAUAUAUACCUUUCGUUUUCUCUUUCAUGAUUAUGUAAGUAAACAGGAUUUGAAACAAAGUAAUUUAGGUGUUAAUAAAAGUUGGUGAUUUUUAUGGGUACGAAUAAAAAUUGUUACUGUA